AUAACCGAGGAUGAUAUUGAGCCACCACCAGAGAUAGAGUUCCCAGGCCAUGCAUACCUGGAAGGUGCAGAGCACUUUGUGCAUCAGAUGAUAGAAGCGGGCUGGAAGCUGGUUUCACAUCACGCAUUACCUAAAUGGCUGAAGGACAAUGACUUUCUGCUGCACGGCCAUCGACCCCAGCUUGACUCCUUCAAGGAGUGUUUCAAGAGCGUGUUUGCCAUACACACUGAGACGGGCAAUAUCUGGACUCACCUUCUAGGCUUCCUAACGUUCAUCGUCGGGGCGAUCUAUUUUGUGACGCGGCCAUCGUUGGAGGUUCAGUGGCAGGAGAAGGUCGUCUUCUCUGUGUUCUUCAUCGCUGCCAUCGUCUGUCUUGGCUUCUCCUGGCUGUUCCACACUGUGUACUGCCAUUCCGAACGCGUUGGGAAAUUCUUUAGCAAGUUGGACUACUGUGGCAUAGCGGUGAUGAUACUCGGUAGUUUCGUACCAUGGCUCUACUACAGUUUCUACUGCCGCACCACGCCCAAGAUGGUGUACAUGAUUUCCAUCAGCGUUCUUGGGCUGGCCAGCAUAAUAGUGUCACUGCUUCCAAAGUUUGGGGAACCUGAGUACAGACCUCUGAGGGCGGGCCUGUUCCUCGCGCUGGGUCUGAGCGGCGUUGUACCCGCGAUCCACUUCUGCAUCUCGGACGGGUUCUACAUGGCGGUGACGCUGGGAGCGUUCGGCUGGCUCGUGCUCAUGGCUCUGCUCUACAUUGUCGGCGCGCUACUGUACGCGAUGCGAAUACCGGAGCGAUUUUUCCCCGGAAAGUGCGACAUAUGGGGCCAGAGCCAUCAGAUAUUCCAUAUCUUUGUCGUUGCGGCCGCGUUCGUUCACUACCACGGCGUCUCGAAGCUAGCCACCUACCGACUCACCAUAGGCGACUGCCUCGCGCCGCAAGAACUCUACUAGCACCUCGAGUUUACGCCGCGAGCGCUGCUUUGUGCGAUAUGUGCUGGGGCCAUAUUUACACUCACCUCUAGCUAUGUAGGUACUCUCUGCUACCUCUAUGUAGCCUCGAAUCACAUAAAUCGUCAACGUCGUCGACGUCGGUGUAUGUAUAAGAUAUCAGGGGGGUUAAUAAUGACAAAUUUGUAAUAAUUUGUCGUUAUAACAUUUGUCGUACUAAUGAUUUGUCGUUAUUCGCCCCCUGAUGAGAUGCGGUCAGUAAUUUAUGCGGCGUCCGCUCACCAAUUUGCUCCUAACGAGCUCUAAUUAGACGAUGCCCGUAGUCGCCACUUUUUAGCUAAAAGGCUGAACACGUUUACCACGUCCGUAUUUUUUAUAGGCGUCAGUAGACGUACACAGUCGAUGCAACUAGUGUGUAGAGAGCGUGGAAUCGCGGCUUGGUUUCAUGUCUAUCGCGCAUUAGUGUUUGGUUAUGCACAGGGUGCAUGAGUUCACUGCGGGUAGUGCUUCUGGGUGUCAUUACCUAGGUGCUUGCAUUCCAGCUAUAUACUGUCCAUGCUGUCCAUGCGUGACAAGUGUUCAAUCAAAGUUGUCUAUCAUGAUGAUCUCUCUGUGGCUUGCGUUGCCCAGGAUGUUGCUUAGAAAAGCAUGUUCAGUUAUUGUGAACGUGCUAGAACGCAGCUGUCUCAUUCUAUAAGCGUAAGAACUUAUUUCACUGGUAGAUAUUUAGCAAUAGGAACCACCUUGCUAAAAAUUUGGAUCUGAAAAAUUCAUUAUCUUUAUUAUCAGGAUAUGAAAUUGCAGACAAUGUGUAAUAGUAAUGUUGCAUUUCUUAUUCCUUUAAUAUUAGUAUUUUAAAUUGGUAUUUCAACUAGUAUUCAUAUUUAGUAGUGCAAUACGUAGUAUAUCUUGAUGACAAUCUUUUGCUCGACACUUCAAAAUGAGAAAAUGGGGUGGGAUACAACCGCGUGUAAAAUAUAUGUAAGACUAUUAAUGAAUAUGUUACGUGAUUAAUCCCUUUGAAGUUUAAUAUUAAAGGUACAUAUUGCACAGAAUUACGCACGCGUGCUCGCAUCAUAGCAGGAGUAACGUCAUAGACAGAGUGCCCGUCUAUUCUGUUUCUCCCGAUAGUUGCACUAUGUUUUUACAUGCAAAUAGCCCCGCGUGUUGACAGUACGGUGAGGUCCUCUUAUAUCUGUGUAUGUAUUUAUUUUGAGCAAACUUGCGUGCCCUGUUGAUCAGGCCGACUCGUCAAGGGGUAAAUGACAAUAAACAAGAAGCACAUGAGACUAUAUGUGUCUCCCGAGGGGGCCCUUGAUCGUUUAUAUCUGUGAUGUUGGUCGGAUCAUGAACAUACAUGCUAUGGUAUAUAUAUAUAGGAUUGAUGCGUUCGUGGGGAGAGCAUGUGGAUGAAUUAUAUAAUGUUAUAUUAUGGACGCUUGGUUAACUCCAGGAAACAUUCUGACUAUCAAUGGUUCGUGUUUUGGUUUUUGCAGCUCAAUCAGUCAGUGUGUACUUCUUUUGAGUAGAGAGUUGGUUGAUUAGAUUCAGGCUUUAUGCUAAAUUUUAAGAUAUUAGUUUAAUUUGGUGACUAUUCUUCGCGUUCAAAUACGUCGUCCUUCUGAUCAGACCGAAGUUUAUCUAUGCCACUGCAUGCAGGCGUAGAUUUAGUUUCUGGCUGUGUAUACAAAGAUUAGGUUAUAGUUCAUGUUCUGUUACAGGGACGUUGCUAUGUGGUUACCUAUCGUAUGACAAGCAGCAAAAAAAGUCACAACUAAUCAAAAUGGCAUAGCAAGUCAAACGUGACCGGUUUUAUAUCUUCAAGGAUUGUCUAUGAACCUAAUCUUUUUCCAGCUUAGAGUAAGGUUGGCUCUUUUUUGUUUGGUUUUGAUGUAUUACUAUCUUUAUAUGUUCUGUAAUAGGGUAUAGUGUAGUUAGGUUAUUGGUUCAUAAAUUAAGGUCAUAAAUUACUGGUGGUUAAUGAUUACUCUCUCGAUCUAAUUAUAUAAUAUAUCACACGUAUAGUAUUUUCUUUUUGGUUUAAUAAGCUAAUUAAUUUGAUCCAAUAUAAUGUUGUGAUUGAAUGAAAACGUUAUAAUAUUAUAUAUGAAAUAGAAGAAAAUGAAAAUUA